UAAAACGACCAAGCUAGUUUAACGCUUGAUUCACUUCUAAAAGAGAAAUGUUUCGAUCAUGUUCACGACUCGGAAGAACUGUUUAUGCGAACUCCCAAAUGUCUCCUCUUUCCCUACACAGCUGGAUGCCAGUCUCUCAGUUUAUACAAGGUUCUGGGGUUUCAGGUUCAUUCUCUCAUCCAUCUCUUCUCCGACAACAAAACAAACAGUUCUCACUCCUCUCUUCCCUGCAAUCCUCGGGGACAGAGAACAAAAAGAUUCCAGAAAAACUUGGAAUAGUUGCAAAAUUUAAGAAAAUGGCAAAGGAUUACUGGUAUGUUCUGAUUCCAGUUCAUGUCGCCACUUCAAUCGUUUGGUAUGGAGGAUUUUAUUUACUAGCUAAAUCUGGUGUGGAUCUCAUUGCUAUUCUUGAAACCUGCUCAGUGCCAGAAUCUGUAAUUGAUCGAUUGCGUGGUUCUGAAGCAGGUUACUAUGCCCUGGCAUAUGCUUGCUAUAAAGUAGCAACACCAAUUAGAUAUACAGUAACUGUUGGGGGAACAACAUUUACAAUCACAAAAUUGACCCAGAUGGGAUACCUCAGCACAUCAAGGGAGAUGGCAACUAAGGUUAAGGACAAGGCUGACGAGAUGAAUGAAAUCUAUCAAACUAAAAAAGAAGAUAUUAAAGAGAAGUAUGAAGAACGAAAAGAUAAAUUCAAGGAUGACUGGGAGAGUGCCUGGGUUAAGUACAGCAAAAGAAAACAAAAAUAAACAAAUUUGUUUUGUAUAUUUAACUGUACAGUAAACACCGUCCUAAUCUGUUUUCACUCUGUACUCUGUACUGACAUUGUAUGUAAAUCGUCCAUAUUGUAAUGUCGCUAAUGUACAAGAAUUUCCAUGUUUUUGCCAAUCGUUAUACGAAGAAUUUCUCAAAUCUGAUAAAUGUUAGAAAUUAGGAAAUAAAACCAGUUAUAAAUUUGUAAUAUAUGGACUUGAAGGAACUGUACGUGUUAAGUGUAACUUUAAGUAACACUUCAUUUAAAAAUGGCUUGUCAGGUUCAUAACAGUUCCCUUGAAUACUUCAUAUUUUUAAUUAGAUUUCUUCAUUUAAAAAUGGCUUGUCAGAUUCAUAACAGUUCCCUUGAAUACUUCAUAUUUUUAAUUAGAUUUCUGUAAAAAGAACUUGCGGAUUUCUUCUAGAAAAAACUGUCUGAAUUUUAGCCAAAAAAA